CACGCUCCCUGCUCGCCGUGCUCCAAGAUGGCGGCUCACUGUGCCCCGUAUCACCGCACAUCAUCGCAUUCGGAAGCUAAUCAUCGUCGUGUCCGGGCCGUGGGCGACCCAUGAGGGAGCCGAGCAGAAGGAGCCGAGCGGGGCGAGCGCUGCCAACUCUCAAACGCGGAAGCGUUAGUUCAUGCGAGGACCCGGUGUCGGUGUCGCUCUGAAGGGGGUCGCGUCGUCCGAGUAUGGCCACCGAGAACAGGAUCAAUUUCUGGAGGAGAAACGCAAAGGUUCCCGGAAGCGUGCAGCCAGUCUACGGAGCGCAGCAUCCACCUCUCGACCCGCGGUUGCGACGCACGUAUCCCAAAGACACGAAGCCAAAGUUCAACAAUCUCAAGUCAAAAAAGGCGUCUAGCUUCCACGAGUUUGCCCGCAGCACCAACGACGCGUGGGACAUAGACGAUGAGGAAGACGAGGAUUUCCUCGCAACCCCUGCCCCAACUUCAUCCCUGCCAUCAGGCCUGCACUCCACAGCCACACAGAACCCGCAGCAGCAGAAUCCGGCAGGGGACACAGAAAGCAGGUUGUCACACAGAGUGUCACCUCCUAGCUCAGAGGCUCCAAACCUCCAGGACGUUCAGGAGGAAGACGCAGACUGCGAGCACGUCAACGGCAAGGUUGUCAAGUCUAACAGUGAGGCCCACCUCGGCCCGUCCUCAGUCCGAUCCAUGCUGCAGAAGCAGCAGUCUCUCCCAGUUCGUUCCAUCAUCCCACUGGUGGCUCGUAUCUCGGAUCAGAAUGCGUCCGGGGCACCACCCAUGACGGUGCGGGAGAAGAACCGCCUGGACAAAUUCAAGCAGCUGCUUGCUAGUCCCAACACUGAUCUAGAGGAACUCCGGAAGCACAGCUGGUCGGGAAUUCCAAUAGAAGUCCGGCCAAUCACAUGGCGACUUCUCUCUGGCUACCUGCCAGCCAACAAGGAGCGCAGAGAGCUGGUGCUGAAAAGGAAACGAGAGGAAUACUUUGGUUUCAUCGAGCAGUAUUACAACUCCAGAACAGACGAGCACUACAAAGACACAUACCGACAGAUCCACAUCGACAUUCCAAGAACCAACCCUCUGAUUCCCUUGUUCCAGCAGCCUGUUGUGCAAGAGGUGUUUGAGCGUAUCCUUUUCAUCUGGGCCAUCCGUCACCCAGCCAGUGGCUACGUCCAGGGAAUUAACGACCUGGUCACACCCUUCUUUGUCGUCUUCCUGUCGGAGUUUGUCACGGAGGAUGUGGAGAACUUUGAUGUGGCAGCCCUGCCCCUGGACACGCAGAGAAACAUCGAGGCUGAUAGCUUCUGGUGCAUGAGCAAGCUGCUGGACGGAAUCCAGGACAACUACACCUUUGCUCAGCCGGGAAUCCAGAACAAAGUGAAAGCUUUGGAGGAGCUGGUCAGCAGGAUAGAUGAGGACAUUCACAAUCAUUUUAAGAAGUAUGAGGUGGAGUACCUGCAGUUUGCUUUCCGGUGGAUGAACAAUCUGCUGAUGAGGGAGCUGCCUCUUCGUUGCACUAUCCGUCUCUGGGACACCUACCAGGCUGAGGCAGAGGGUUUCUCCCACUUCCACCUGUACGUUUGUGCUGCCUUCCUCAUUGAGUGGCGCAAAGAAAUUCUCUCAAUGGUUGACUUUCAGGGCCUUCUCAUGCUACUGCAGAACGUUCCGACAAUCCACUGGGGGAACGAGGAAGUGGGUCUCCUCCUGGCCGAGGCUUAUAGACUGAAGUACAUGUUUGCCGAUGCACCCAGCCACUACAAGAGAUAGACCCGGGUCCUCCACGGCACAGCAAACACAGCAUACUUUUGAACUUCGAAUCAAACCUGACCGUGAAGGGAGGACAUCGUCUGAGAUACUCAGACAUAAGUGUUGUCUCUGAGGUAACCUAGAAGAGACUGGUGGAGCUCCAGGAGACCUCCAGGACGUUUUCUCAGAGCCACUCUCCUGUGACGCUGAAAUCCACUGACUACCACACUGGAUUUGGGUUUGUGGUGCAGCCAUCGAGUUCAGUAAAUAUGAGAUUAUUUGCAGUCAAUGCACUGCGCUGUAUCAAUGGACUGUUACAGUAUGAAUAACCGUAGCUAUGCCAUUUUGGUUGACUUUUUAAUUGUCUCUCAAGUCAAAUGUACACUGAGAGAUACAUGCUGUAAUAUAAAGGGAUGAUGAAUGUUUGUGAGAUCAUCCCCUUAGUGAAAGGUGGUAUCUACAGUUUCUAUUUAUUUUUUUUGGCAGAUUUGUUUUAGUAGAAGUUUGACCGUCGAAAUAUAUUAGGUGUAACCAGGCAACUAAAACACUGUCGUUUUCUCUCUGUUUGUUUAGUCUGACACUGUGGAGCUGUUCUAAUUAAGAUGGACUUUGGGUUUCCCACCCCCACUUUUUCAGAGAGGACAGCUAUUUUGGUUCAGGGUUACCAAAUCUGCACUGUACAAUCAACCAAUCAAAGUCCAUAGUUUGGGCCUCAAUCUGUCAAUUUACUCAGUAAAUACCAUUACUGAUAUUUUGGUAACUAUGACCUGGAUGAAUGAGAAUUCAUCCAUGUAAGUUUUCCCUCUCGGUCAUGAUGGAUGAGCUGGUCAAGAGGAUCAUUUUUUUUUUGUCUCGAAAUAAUGAUGCAGCUCUUGGGUGGAGCUCACAAAUGUCAAUGUCAAUUUCGAGUUGAAUUGCCUCCUGAAUGGAUCAGGAACAUGGGAGAACUUCAGUUUGAUGAAGCUUCGGAGCUCCUCGUUCACACGUCAGCUGAAAUGGGUCUAAUUGAUGUAGAUUAUUCAAAUGUUAUUAUGUUUUCGGCUGUUGAAAUACAAUUUUAGUUGGAGAUUGUGGCACAUUUUAACACAUUAACAGGCACAAAAUUAGAUCCGUCACACCUAACCUUUUGGCCUGACUGAGUGUUGAUUUUACUAAACCUUAAUUUUUAUGCAAAACAAGAGGGAACUAGUCUUAUUAAUGGUUUUAUGAUCAUCUGUGAAGUAUCUUAUUCAAACCGUGGGGCCACUGUAAGAUAAUAAAAAGUAGUUUAGAAUCAUAGUUUAUGGGGACAUUGCCUCUGUCAACUCCUGUUGGUACUGAAAAACAUUCAGUCUGAAAACAGUGCAGCUCAUUUUAAUACUUGUUUUAUAUUUGUUUAAGGUAAGGUUUUGCUUUUCACUGUUUUAUUUGUAACUGCAUUUUGUGUGUGGGUGUGUGUGUGGUUGUGGGGAGGGUGUUACUAUUAGUCAUCUACCUUCAUUACCAGUGAUAAUUCUAACACAGUGACGGACUCCUGCUCAUUGUAAAUUUCAUUGUCAUAAUUCGGGGCCCGGAAUUAUUCAGUCCUUCUGAAAUGUGGUGGUCCAACCAUAAACGGACUUAUGGCAUUAUAUUCCGUGAAGAAGACGCUGUGGUGCUGAAAAUGAGUUAUUUUUUAGUUUUGGAAAGGUCUUAACACAUUCAUGGAACCUGUUUGUAGUUCAUUCAUUGUCAGUUUUGUCAUUAUUAAUCCACCUGUAGUCUUGCUGACACAUGGUCACAGUUUGCCUUUAGCCUUAAAGUUUGUUUUCUUCAUUCAGGUGCACCAACUGAUUGUGUCCCUACCACGAUGGUGUUGUUCACUCCAUGCUGUGUUUGUGUAAAAGCUUGUGUCUUCAGACACGAUGUUGAUGACUAAAGGCUAACAAAAAUUUUGAAACUUAACGAUUUGUUCUCUAUAGUGUUAGUGCUGUUUUAACAAUCAUAUGCCACAUCUCUAUCGGGCCGAUAUAGUCUGUUAUAUCACAGUGCUUCAAGAAACACUUCCCUGCGGAAUUCAGCCUUGAAUGAAGAAAUCUGAAAUGAUUACAGUACCUGCUGUAUGUUAACUUUUUGUUUAUAUUAAACGAUUGUUACACAAUUGCCAACAUGA